AUUCGGACACAUUUUACUGACGCACCGCUCCGGCUUCCUUUUCAUUGCAGCAGUCAGGUGUACUUACUGCGCUCCUCUGCGGCUUGUAAACGCUAGGUAUAUUAUCCAUCUGCGUGGAUAUUUUGGUGUCAGUAAAGUGCUGCUCAUCUCAAGUCAAGAAAUAGUCUUUUUUUUUUUCGUCAUGCAUAUAAGUUUACACGUUGUUCAUUGAUUCAUUGAGGUCUUGACUCGUCAUGUGGUAUGUCAUCAUAGUGCAAGGUGUUUUGAGGACAUAUCUGGAUUGAUGCCAGGCAGGUUAAGAUGGAACAGUUUGAAUCUAUCACAUACAAGAACGGGAGGCAGAGGAAGCCUGUGGUGUCCAACUCGGAUAAGAGUGAAAGGGAAUCCAAGGUAGGAGAGGAGGAUGACGGGGAAGCUCUUCUGCCAAUCUCCGACCGAGCUGAUGGACGGACGAAAGCGAGUCACGGAAUUAAAGGAGAACUGGGCAAUGUGGCCCUGUUACUGUUUUUAUACGUGCUUCAGGGCAUUCCGUUAGGCUUGGCAGGGAGCAUCCCUCUCAUCAUGCAGAGUAAGAACGUUAGCUACAAGGACCAGGCCUAUUUCAGCUUUGUCUUUUGGCCCUUCAGUCUAAAGCUGUUCUGGGCUCCCCUGGUGGAUUCGCUGUACCUGCAGAAGUUUGGCAGGAGGAAGUCAUGGCUGGUGCCCACUCAGUACCUGCUGGGUCUUUUUAUGCUUUACCUGUCCGUCUCGGUGGAUGCAAUGCUUCAGACCGAUGGACACAGGGGGCCUGAUGUGAUCACUCUGACCGCAGUCUUCUUCGUGCUGGCUUUCCUCGCAGCCACGCAAGAUAUUGCCGUUGAUGGCUGGGCUUUGACUAUGCUGUCCAGGGAGAAUGUGGGUUAUGCUUCCACUUGUAACUCUGUGGGUCAGACGGCUGGAUACUUUCUAGGAAAUGUGUUGUUUCUGGCUCUGGAAUCUGCUGAUUUCUGCAACAAGUAUUUGAGGUUUGAGCCUCAGGAGCGGGGCAUUGUAACACUCUCAGAUUUCUUGUUUUUCUGGGGGAUUGUGUUCAUUGUAUCUACCACUCUGGUUGCUGUCUUCAAAAAAGAAAACAACGAACAGCAUCAUGCAAAGAAAAAGCCUAAAGAGGAGACACAGAGUGUUAUGGAGACCUACAAACAUUUGCUCUCCAUAAUUAAAAUGCCCACUGUCUUCACCUUCUGUGUCCUUCUGCUGACUGCUAAGAUCGGUUUCUCGGCAGCUGAUGCCGUGACGGGGCUGAAGCUAGUGGAAGCUGGGGUUCCUAAAGCGCAGCUGGCUCUAUUGGCGGUUCCCAUGGUGCCUCUGCAAAUCUUGCUGCCUCUAGUUAUUAGUAAAUACACAGCUGGACCACGUCCACUUGACAUUUUCUACAAAGCUUUCCCAUUCAGGCUGCUGAUUGGUUUGGAGUAUGCCCUGCUGGUCUGGUGGACCCCCAGUGUUCGGCAGGAGGAAGGCUUCCCUGUGUAUUACUAUGCUGUUGUGCUGCUGAGCUAUGCACUACAUCAGGUGGCACUAUACAGCAUGUAUGUUGCCUGCAUGGCCUUUCACGCCAAGGUCAGUGACCCUGUGAUAGGGGGCACCUACAUGACCCUUCUGAACACUGUGACUAAUCUAGGAGGGAACUGGCCCUCAACUCUAGCUCUAUGGCUGGUAGACCCUUUCACCCUUAAAGAGUGCCAGGGAGCCCCAGGACUGACGUGCGGCUCGGUUGAAGAAGCAGGGCUCUGUGUCAGAGAUGGGGGCACAUGUGUGACAGCGUUGGACGGUUACUACGUUGAGUCUGUGGUGUGUGUUCUGAUCGGUCUCUGCUGGUGGAUGUUCUUCGGGAAAAAAAUGAAGCGGUUACAGGAAGAGAGCCCCUCUGCAUGGCAUUGCAGGGUGGCCAAAUAGCAUCUCUACUGGACUCUUGUUGUAAAGUUACUUCAUGGCUUGCCCUCUCUUUCCUUCUCUGAGUAAAUACUUCUUUUUGUCAUCCAACAGCAGGCUUGUACACAGGCUUAAACACUUUGAGGACAGAAAUAGUAGAAUAUACUGUUCUAUUAAGUUCUUGGCAUAUCUGUUCCAUUAUCUCCAAGCACCAGAGCUUUUAUGCCAAAUUGAAAUCUGUACAUUUAGAGAUGGCACUAGCUUACGUGUGAUGUACAU